CCCCUCCCACUCCUCUUACCCCAGCUUCCUUUUGCUCGCUCGUUCGGAUUGUUUUGGAUCCCAUCUCCAUCCACCAUCAAGCAGAGAAUCCUGAUUUUAUGCGAUCCAACCAAAAGGAUUAUACACGUGUUAUCCUGGCGUUCAGUGCAGAAAUAAAAUCCCUAAGGUGAAGAUUGUGAAGAAGGACCAUUGAAUUAAAGACGGCUUUCAGAUUUGUCACCAACACCGUUAUCUGUCAUGAAGAUCACGAUAGAAGAGAAGAUACCACGAAGCCUUCUUGUCCCACUGGAUAUGAAUUAGAUUUUUUUUAAAAGAAAGUUAAAAUUAUUUACUUUCAUUUUAGUGUUCCAAUUUCAUAAUACUUAUUUGGUUUUGGUAUUAGGGACUGAAUAUGGGACUUCAUGAGUGUUAGAUAAACACUAUGUCCCUGAACUCUAUCUCCAUAUUCUUUUCUCUAAGUAGACUCAGAGAGUAGAAAUUAAUUCAGUGCUAAGCUGCAGGAUAAACUAAUAUUCAUUCUGGUAUUUAGCCCUAUUUUUGUAUUUGAAAAAGAGUAGCUAACCAAGAGCCUUAGUCAUUCAUAAUGAAAUAUACCAAAUGCAACUUUGCCGUGUCAGUUUUUGGCAUCAUAAUCUAUGUAGUUGAUUUGGUUGCAGACAUUCUCCUGUCUGUCAGGUAUUUCCACGACGGACAAUAUGUUUUUGGUGUUUUAACACUAAGCUUUGUGCUUUGUGGAACACUCGUAGUCCAGUGUUUUAGCUAUUCGUGGUUGAAGGAUGACUUAAAGAAAACAAGACAAGAAAAUGAGCAUUCUUUUCUUCUACUCCAUUGCUUGCAAGGAGGAGUUUUUACAAGGUAUUGGUUUGCCUUGAGACAGGGUUACCAGGUGGUUUUCAAACCCAGCAGCAGAACGAGUGAUUUCUCGGAGGAGCAAACGGACCCUCACAAAGAAGCUAUAGACAUAGCCACCGACUUGAGCAUGCUCAGGCUGUUUGAGGCCUACCUGGAAAGCUGCCCACAGCUCAUUCUUCAGCUCUACGCCUUUCUGGAGCGGGGCCAGGCAACUUUAAGUCAGUAUGCGGUCAUCAUGGCUUCCUGCUGUGCUAUUUCUUGGUCAACAGUCGAUUAUCAAAUAGCUUUAAGAAAAUCAUUACCUGAUAAAAAUCACCUCCGUGGACUCUGGCCCAAGCUCACAUACCUCUUCUAUAAGCUGUUUACCUUGCUGUCGUGGAUGCUGAGUGUGGUGCUUCUGCUCUUCGUGGAUGUGAAGGGUGCUUUGCUCCUGCUGUCAUUUCUUUGGAUCGUAGGUUUCAUUUGGGCGUUUAUAAAGCAAACUCAGUUUUGUAAUUCUCUACAUAUGGAAUUCUUAUAUAGGACUGUUGUUGGAUUCAUCCUCGUGUUUACGUUUUUUAAUAUCAAGGGACAGAAUACCAAAUGUCCGAUGUCUUGCUAUUAUACUGUAAGGGUGCUAGGCACCCUGGGCAUCUUGACUGUGUUUUGGGUUUAUCCUCUCUCUAUUUUUAAUUCAGACUAUUUUAUCCCUAUCAGCGCCGUCAUAGUUCUCGCUCUUUUCCUUGGGAUUAUUUUUCUUGCUGUUUAUUAUGGGGUUUUCCACCCAAACAGAUAUGUAAAAACACAGCAUGACGAAACUGAUGGAAAAGCAGCCCAGGGAGAUGGUAGAAUGAGAUAUUUUCUAAUGGACUAAGUUAUGAAUCUAUGAGAAAUGUUUUAUUUUUGCUUCAUUAACUAGUAAAGAAAACAUCUGCUAUAUGUUUGUGUUGUUUGUUAUGUUUGCCACCUUCGACUUUAAGUGAGUUAUGGUACAUGGUAAGUGAGAGCAUAAUAAUAUUUUCUUAUUUAAAAUAUUUCUUCUUUAUGCUGCUGAGGAUUAAGCCCAGAGCCUUGUACACGCUACACUAGUAUUUCACCACUGAGUCACACCCCCAGCCAUUUCAAUGGUUUCUAAAGUCCUGAGUAUUGUGGUACUUCCUUUCUGUCUGAUAAUGUAUGUACAUACAUUCAGACAAAUAUUCAUACAUAUGCAGAAAUAAAAAAAUCUUUAAAAUGGUUUCUUUAUUCAUUCCUGGCGACAUAAUGUUUGUGUAUAACCUAUAUACUUUUGUAUCAUUUUCAUGGUCUAUGUUCAUUGGUGAUAAGUUUCUUUCUUUCUUUCUUUCUUUCUUUCUUUCUUUCUUUCUUUCUUUCUUUCUUUCUUUUUUCCUUCCUUCCUUCCUUCCUUCCUUCCUUCCUUCCUUCCUUCCUUCCUUCCUUCUGUUUUUCGAGACAGGGUUUCUUUGUAGCUUUGGAGCCUAUCCUGAAACUAGCUCUUUUUUAUCCCUCUAUCUGAUAAUGUUUUUAUUUUUUCCUUCAUUCUUGUACAUUCAUACACACACACAUAACGCACACACAUACAUACACAUAUAUGUUAUCCCUGUGGAUAUUAUCUUACGCAUCUCUGAAUCAUAUAUAGAAAACAUAUUUAUAAGCUCUCUCUCUGCAUAACCUAGACUGGCUUUGAACUCAUGAUCCCCCUGCUUAGCUUGUGGGUGCUGGGAUUGCCGUUGCCUACUGUCAAGCCUAAAUUGUGUGUGAUUUUCUUUUCUUUCUUUAGAAAAAAAUUUCCAGAUACAGAAUUUUGGAUUGGUAGGAUAUUUUUCACCUUUAAGCACUUAUUUCAUUAGUAAGUAAUAAUACCACUCUUUUCUGGCCUCCAUGUUUUCUGGGAAGACUUGGUGAUCAUUCAAAUCGCAUUCCUCUGUGUAAUGUGUUGUCAUUUGUUGAUACUUUCUGAGGUUGUUUUUACCAUUGCUCUUGUUCUGUACUCUCCUGACCAUUGUGUCAGUGAGGGUGGUUUGUUCUGCACUAGUACGACAGCCGUGCCAAUGAGCGUGGUUUCUUCCUUAUAUGGAUCUCAGCCUGCUUUCUUCAAGUUUCUAGAAAAUGUACAUUUUAGUUUUUACCAAAUUAGCAAGCCUCUGGCUAUUAUUUCCAUUUUUCUUUGUUUCUGAACUCUGUUACAA